AUGGCCAGGAACUCGAACGAGUCGACUGUUGCUGAGGAACGUGGGAGAGAAGUUGCACCCACCAACCCGAAGAAUAAGAGGGACCAAAGAAAUGCCGAAGAGACCAACAACGAGGUGGAAGCUCGGUUCAUACGGCUAGAGGAUAUGAUCCAAGCCGUACAUGAAAGCAUCGAGGGGAUGCGGGAGGACUUGACGCUCUGCAAGAGAGCUGCCGUUAGCGGGGGUGCUAACAAUGUCUCCACCUCGAGGGUUGAGUGCCCCAAGCCGCAAGGGUUCAACAGGGCAAGGGACGCCAAGGAAGUCGAAAACUACCUAUGGCGGAUGGAGAAACAUGCCGACAUUGAGCGAGGGGCUUGUCAGUUAGAUAUGUGGGAUGAGUUCAAGAAAGAACUCAAGAAGCACUUUUAUCCCGAGAAUGUAGUCUACGAGGCUCGCAAGAAAUUGCGGGAGUUGAAGCAACGGGGUAUUAUGCGGGACUAUGUGAAAGAAUUCACAACCCUUAUGCUUCAAAUUCCCAAUAUGUCCGAAGAAGAUCUCUUGUUUUAUUUCAUUGACGGACUACAAGGAUGGGCCAAGCAAGAGAUGUAUCGUCGGGACAUUAGAACGGUUGAUGAGGCCAUCGCCGAGUCACUCAUCGACUUCCAACCCUACUUCCACACCAAUGCGGCGAAGAACAAGGAUAAGUAUCCAGCCAGAGGAGGGGGAGAACGACGGGAGAAUAACCAAGGUAACCGAGACCGAGAUCACCGAAGGCCACAAGCUAAAGAGGGAGAUCGAGAUCGACGUCCGGGUCGGAGGGACUACGAAGAGAAGAAAAAGACCUUCGUUCCUAAAGGAGGAUGCUUCUUGUGUAAAGGGCCGCAUCAGAUGAGUAGCUGUCCCAAACUUGGUUCAUUGUCUGCCAUCGUCGAUCGUCAAGACACAGAGUCUCAAGCCGAGAUGGGAUCACUCCAGGUUCUAAACGCCUUGAAGGGCAAGUUGUUGACACUGACACCAAGUAAUGGGCUCAUGUAUAUGGAAGCGGUGAUCAACGAGAAGCCGACAAGAGCUAUGGUGGACACAGGGGCUACCCACAACUUCGUGUCUAAAGAUGAAGCCAACCAUUUGGGCCUGAAGUACACUGAGAGCACAGGAUGGCUCAAGAUGGUAAUCGCUAUCCCUAUGCCUUCCUUUAGUUCAGUUUGUAUCUUGGAGAAAGGGUCUCCCUGCAUGAUCCCCACGGUCGAGGUACCGAAAGAGCAAGGUCGAGAUGCCAAACAACUCUUGGCCAUACAACUUGGUAGAGGCAUCAAGAAAGGGGUCAUGACUUAUUUGGCCAUGCUAAAGGAAGAUAACAAGAUCGAGAAAAUGGAUAAUCUAUCACCAAUCAUCCGUGAAGUCUUAGAGGAGAACAAGGACGUGAUGCCACCUGAGUUACCAAAUAAACUUCCACCAAGGCAUGAAGUGGAUCACAAGAUUGAGUUGGAACCCGGUGCCAAGCCGCCUACCUUGGCACCUUACCGAAUGGCCCCACCCGAACUUGAGGAACUUCGAAGGCAACUCAAGGAGCUAGUCGAUAUGGGAAUGAUUCGACCUUCGAAUGCACCAUAUGGUGCACCGGUACUCUUCCAAAAGAAUCACGAUGGGUUGUUGCGCAUGUGCGUCGAUUACCAGGCACUUAACAAGGUAACCAUUAAAAAUUGCUACCCGAUCCCUUUGAUUGCCGAUUUAUUUGACAGACUUGGAGGAGCCAAGGUGUACACGAAGAUGGACUUGCAAAAAGGCUACUACCAAGUUCGAAUAGAAGAAGGCGAUGAGCCAAAGACCGCAUGCAUCACUCGAUACUGA